AUGGCACGGUCAUCUUCCUCCAAUACUCCUUCAGAAAUGCACGAGGUGUUCAUUAGCUUUAGAAGUGAGGACACACGCAAGACCUUCACAAGCCAUCUUAAUGCUGCUUUGAAAAGAUUAGAUAUCAGAACCUAUAUGGACAACAAUCUUGAGAGAGGUGAUGAAAUAUCAACAACCCUUGUUAGGGCCAUCGAGGAAGCCAAGCUUUCUGUCAUUGUUUUCUCUAAAAACUAUGCAGCUUCUAAGUGGUGUUUGGAUGAGCUCCUGAAAAUACUUGAAUGUGGAAAGACCAGAGGCCAAAUUAUAAUACCUAUUUUCUAUGAUAUAGAUCCUUCCGAUGUGAGGAAACAGAGGGAAAGCUAUGCAGAGGCAUUUGCUAAACACGACCGAAACUUUCAGGAUAUGAACAUGGUAAGAAAGUGGAGGGAGAGUUUGGAAGAAGCAGCCAAUCUUUCUGGUUGGGAUUGCAAUGUCAACAGGACAGAGUAUGAAAUUGUUGAGGAAAUUGCAAUGGAUGUGCUACAAAAGCUUAAUGGUGUAUGCGUCGGUGACCUGGACCAUCAGAUCACAAAGUAUGAACAACUUGCGGAACUUCAGCAUCAAUAUUUUCAGAGCAUGCCUGCUAUAGAUAAUUGGCAUAAUCAUCAAGCAACGAUUAAACGUAUCACGGAACUUAAAAUGGAGAGGAGUCUCCGUUUGCUUCGUUUGACACCUGAUAUGCUGUCACAUAUAGAAAAUUCGAGAGCUAAUAAUAGUAUUUUCUGA